AUGAAGAUUAGUUCUCUCGUUACUUUUGCGUCGAUCGCGACUACGAUCGCCGCCUUCCCACUCAAUAUUCCCAAUAAACGCUCCAUUGCUGAAGUCGAUCGACGGGAGGUGCCAUACUUUAAGUCGCCAAUUAUCCCACUGGUCGAUAAGCGCGAGCCAUCUAAGGAGAAGGUCGACAAGCGCGAGCCUAGCAAAGAGAAGGUCGACAAGCGCGAGCCCAGCAAGGAGAAGGUUGACAAGCGUGAGCCCAGCAAAGAGAAGGUUGAUAAGCGCGAGCCUAGCAAAGAGAAGGUCGACAAGCGCGAGCCCAGCAAGGAGAAGGUCGACAAGCGCGAGCCCAGCAAGGAGAAGGUUGACAAGCGUGAGCCCAGCAAAGAGAAGGUCGACAAGCGCGAGCCCAGCAAGGAGAAGGUUGAUAAGCGCGAGCCAUCUAAGGAGAAGGUCGACAAGCGUGAACCCAGCAAAGAGAAGGUUGACAAGCGCGAGCCAUCUAAGGAGAAGGUCGACAAGCGUGAACCCAGCAAAGAGAAGGUUGACAAGCGCGAGCCAUCUAAGGAGAAGGUCGACAAGCGUGAACCCAGCAAAGAGAAGGUUGACAAGCGCGAGCCUAGCAAGGAGAAGGUUGACAAGCGUGAACCAUCUAAGGAGAAGGUUGACAAGCGUGAACCCAGCAAAGAGAAGGUUGACAAGCGCGAGCCAUCUAAGGAGAAGGUCGACAAGCGUGAACCCAGCAAAGAGAAGGUUGACAAGCGCGAGCCUAGCAAGGAGAAGGUUGACAAGCGUGAACCAUCUAAGGAGAAGGUUGACAAGCGUGAACCCAGCAAAGAGAAGGUUGACAAGCGCGAGCCAUCUAAGGAGAAGGUCGACAAGCGUGAACCCAGCAAGGAAAAGGUCGACAAGCGUGAGCCAUCUAAGGAGAAGGUUGAUAAGCGCGAGCCAUCUAAGGAGAAGGUCGACAAGCGUGAACCUAGCAAAGAGAAGGUUGAUAAGCGUGAGCCCAGCAAGGAGAAGGUCGACUAG